UGUGUCAUGUACUCAUUGUACAUUUGUAGUGUUGUACUCAUGUAUCAGUUAUAUUUGUUUAAGGUGUUAGAGUGGCYUUUUUUUYGUUUAAUGAAUAUUGAAUAAUUAUCAACCACUCGGGACAUAUAAUGGUAACAUAUGUUCAAAAUGCUCACUAUAAACGCCGCAAUUGCUUUAGAAUUUUGCACCGACGAACCGUUCUGAUAGCAUUGCUGCAGUUGUGCCGUAGUGACGAAAAUGAUUUCAAUACGUAAAGCUGUUUUUAUCGUAAACACUUUUCUACUGUGCAUUUUGUCGUUUUUUAACAUUUAUUUCACAAAUGGAGACAUGACCAUUGUUGACAUCAAAGAAUUCGAAUAUGGAGGCGAUAUAUUCUUUGAGAUAACACAUCCGCCAGAACUACAGUUUACAUAUCGCAUAAGACCGGCCAAAAGCUUUGGGAUCCCUUUUGACAAGGAAAAGUUUCCAGCUAAAAAAACAAAAUUGGUACUCGUUGACCCUCACCAUGGUUGCGAAAUUCCUAAAAACGCAAAGCAACUUGAAGGAAAUGUUGCAUUUGUGAAAAGAGGUGUGUGUAGCUUCUUAAAGAAAACUGUAAUAUCAGAAAUGUCUGGAGCAAAAGCUAUUGUUAUCACGGACAAUAACAUUUAUGAUGAUACAGCUUAUAUACACAUGAUUGAUGAUGAAAGUGAAAUGUCUGCCAAUAUUCCAGCUGGUUUCCUUGUUGGAAAAUCUGGGCAUUUGAUACACACCAAAAUGACUCAACUAAGUAUGACAGAACUGCCCAUUGUGUUUCCAUUAAACAUGACUUAUGUACCACUACAUGAAAUCAAGCAACCACCUUGGAUAACAAUUUGAAUCUUCAGAAUCUUGUAUGUUCAACUCAAUUUUAGACUGAAAAUCCCUCCACAUUAUCAUAUAUUUUUAAURUUUAAUCAUUAUGUUUUUAUUUUAUUUAAUAAUGAAUAAUGACUGAACAGAAAUCUCACGUAUUUCWAUUAUAUAUUAUAUUAUAACAUUUAUUUAUUAAAUAUAAUUGCAGAAAACUGUGGACCUAAUUUUUAAAUAGUUUUAGCCAUAUUUUACUACAUUUUUGCAGUUAAUAUAAAUGUAUGACAUUAUUUGGUUAAUUUUUAACAGGGUUAUAUUAAACAGGGAGUUUUUAUGGCAUUAAAAUGUAAUUAUUAACCAUAAUAUUCGAGGUAACCGUUCAUUUUUUGUAUUUGAUAUUUAUUUGUAUAAUAUUAGAAUCAAUGAUAGUUAUUCAAGUAAAGAACUAAAACUCUAGUGAUGACAAAUAAAUGUAUAGAUAUAAUUACUAAUUAAUAAUAAUACAUCUCACCU